UUAGGAGACAGAUCAUUAGUUGGUUGAAAUGUUGGCUUUCAAGUUUCGGAUCCAACGCACGUUAUCUCCCCUUCUCUUUCCUUAGCUUUGCUUUUUCUUUCUUCUCUCUCUCUCUCUCUCAAGUUUGUCUAAUGGCAGAUAUUUGCUGCGUCAAGGAGAUCCAAGACGAAGACGUAGACAAGAUCCGGUUACCGACUCGGCCUGAUCAACUGGUCCUCCCCGAUCACGAAGAUCCAACGGUCAACAACGAAGAUGGGUGCAAGACUCCAACAUCUCCUGCUCACAAGAUUCCUGCAGCAAAGUAUACGUUAUGCCCACAAGCUCCUAGAAAACCCGGACCCAAAAGAAAAUUGACACCGGUUAAUGUUGUUAACCGUGUAUCGAUUGAUCUGACCCGGGAGAUUGAGAUGUUCUUUGAGGAUUUGGACCGCAGGAUCAAGAAGUCACGGAAACAAUAAGAAGAAGACUAAGAAGAGUAUAUUGAUCAUUUCUAAUUUAUGACUGUGUGGUGGUAAUUGAUCUUGUUAAUUUUCCCUUCAUUUGUUCUUCUCAUUUUCUGUAUAAUACAAGUGGCAUGUUGAUAACAAUAAAAAUGUAUCUCAUUAUGAAUCCUUUAAUUCUGAUUUAUACAACUUUUUAAACUCAAAA